CAUGUCCUUCUGGAUAAACAUCCUGGUUAUUGCAGGUCAGUGAUGUUUGCGAAUGAUUAUACUGCAUUCAGAGCAUGCAUGAAAAAGUCAUGAAAUGACUUUUCAGAGGGACGUCCGUCUCAUAAAACAGUCCCUUCCGCCUCAGCCUCAGCCUUCCACCUUCCCCUCCGCCGGGGCAGAAGCCUCUGAUUCAGCUCAUGUUCGUUUUUCUCCUCCGGGAUGCACGUCCCACACGCCCGAAGAAGCGCUGGGUCAGACAAGGCCCCUUCUCUGCUGCGAACGUGGAGGCUUUUGAAAUUCAGCUGCCUGUUCUUGCUGUGGCUUGUUUGUGGCUUUAUCUCCUGCGCAGCGUUUGCAGCGCGGUUUGAUUGGGGCUCGCCCUCCCUGUGCUCAGCUAACACAAAUAACGCGCCGUCUCUGCUUACUGGAAUAUUUAAUAGCGAGUUGUUGUUCCUGUAACACUUACGGUCCCCGCUUCGUGAUGCAUUUGUCACUGCUCCUGGCAGAAGAGUCAUCCAGCUGAAUCCAAAUUAGUGGCUUCAGCCUGCAGUAAAGUAACAAACAAUAGCACUAACACUGCAGAGGGUCCGUUCUCAUCAAAUUAACUUUUUUUUUUUUGUAAAGCGUAUGAGUCUCAACUAACCUGGAGCAGUUGGUCUACUGUUGUCCCUCUCUUUUGUAGACAAUGGCGUUACACCCGCGCAGGGUUCGCUUGAAGCCGUGGCUGGUAGCCCAGGUAGACAGUGGUAUGUAUCCCGGCCUUAUCUGGCUGAACCGAGAAGCCAAGCGGUUUCAGAUCCCCUGGAAACACGCAACUCGGCACAGCCCGCAGCACGAGGAGGAGAACACCAUCUUCAAGGCUUGGGCUGUGGAAACGGGAAAGUACCAGGAAGGAGUCGAUGAGCCAGACCCUGCAAAGUGGAAAGCCCAGCUCCGAUGUGCUCUUAACAAAAGCCGGGAAUUUAAUUUGAUAUACGAUGGCACCAAGGAGGUGCCCAUGAACCCGAUUAAAAUUUAUGAAGUGUGCGAUAUCCCGCAGUCCCAGGGAUCAAUCAUUAAUCCAGGUUCCACUGGCUCAGCUCCGUGGGAUGAAAAGGAUAACGAUCUUGAUGAGGAAGAAGAGGAAGAGCUGAAUCAAUCUCAGCAUGUCCCUAUUCAAGAGACAUUUCCAUUUCUUAAUAUCAAUGAUUCUCCAAUGGCUCCAGCCAGUGCAGAAAACUGCAGCCCUGAAGCUGUGUGGCCAAAGAAUGAACCUCUAGAUAUGGAAAUGCCCCCAACUGCGCUGCAGCAUGACUUCUUCAGCAGCCCUGAGCUCUGGAUCAGCUCUCUGCCAAUGACAGACCUAGAAAUCAAGUUUGAGUAUCGAGGAAAGGAGACUGGACCGACGACGACGGUAAGCAACCCGCAGGGAUGCAGACUUUUCUACGGAGAGCUGGGUCCUAUGCCCGACCAGGAAGAGCUCUUUGGGCCUAUUAGUUUGGAGCAAGUGAAGUUUCCAGGAACAGAGCAGAUCACCAACGAAAGGCAGAAAGUCUUCACAAGCCGGCUGCUGGAUGUUAUGGACAGGGGACUGAUCCUGGAGGUCAGCGGCCAUGCCAUCUACGCUGUCCGGCUCUGCCAGUGCAAGGUGUAUUGGUCUGGUCCCUGUGCGCCUUCCUCCACCACACCAAAUUUGAUCGAGAGGCAAAAGAAAGUCAAACUCUUCUGUCUGGAAACGUUCCUAAGCGAGCUGAUUGCCCAUCAGAAAGGACAAAUAGAGAAACAGCCACCAUAUGAGAUCUACUUCUGUUUUGGAGAAGAAUGGCCUGAUGGAAAACCCAGGGAGAGGAAGCUGAUUGUGGUUCAGGUCAUUCCAGUUGUGGCCCGGAUGAUCUACGAAAUGUUCUCUGGUGACUUCACCCGCUCCUUUGACAGCGGCAGUGUGCGGCUCCAGAUCUCUACGCCCGACAUCAAGGACAACAUCGUGGCCCACCUGAAGCAGCUGUACCGCCUGCUGCAGAACCACCAGGAGGGGUGGCCGAUGCAGGCCCCCGCCAUGCACAUGGCCCAGCCGCUCCCCGCACAGUGACAGGCCCUUCACUCUGCCCCACGGCUCCUCACGUUGUACAUAGAGUAUUUCUUAAUAAGUGCCUUGCCUAAAUCUGAAUAAAACCUGUAAAUCUGGUCAUCGGAUUCUGUUUCAACAGUGUAUGGUACUUUCGUUUUGGUAGUGUUUAAAGCAGAGGGGAUGGCAGGAAAACCUUUAGCUCCUGUUUUCAGCCAUUUGCUGUAUGAAUCAGGUUCUCAAUUCUGUAAUAUUUUUUUUUUUAAUCCACUACUAUUGAUACAUUGUAUAUAAAGACCUGAUCAUUAGAUGGGAGGGAAAACAAAUAUAUUAAUCUGUGCUCUAUUAAAACCACUU